AUGGCUGAGCUCUUCCUCGCCAUUGUGGCGUGCGAUGCGGAGAUUGGCGACAUGGAGCUCCAUUGCGCGGUAGCGCUGGGCAGCGGUUACCGCCGCAGCCGCGUCCCCAUGCCCUUCGAGGAAUGCCUCCGGGCCUGGCAGGUGCCCCACAUCUUCUCGGUGUGUACAAUCGCAAUCCUCUUCGGCGAGACGGGCCUCGGGAACAUCUCCGUGCCAAUCAUGAGACUAGGACGGUGCAAAGAUUCCACACUGGACGAGUGGUUUCCGGUGGAGCCCUCCAGUACCGUGCGGCUGCGGCUCUUGUUGCACCUGCGCUCGGAGUCAGGGGGCGCAGCCCCAGCCAGCUUCGAACGACUGUGCUCCGAGCUUCUGGGCAAGGCCGGGAAGCCAUCGCCACAAACAGGUCAAGCCGAAGGAGCCAUCCACCACGCAGAGCCGAAGGUGACGCGAAGCGACUUGGGGCACUCCAACCCGAAGCCCGCGUCGCCCACGUCGCCCGCGUCGCCCGCGUCGCCCGCGUCGCCCACAGCCACGUCGCCGGAGAGGGCCAAGGACCUGGCCAGAAAGGAGGACAAGGUGCCGAACCUCCAAGAGCGCGAGCCAGACUUCGCCGCGAGCCUGCAAGAGCUUCACAGGCUGUGCCAGUCCAUGCUACCAUCAGAGACGCCGCCCCCACCCCGAGGCCCGCUUCCGGUGGAUGAUGAAGCUUCUCCAUCCAAGGACAACGUCUACGACGAGGCCAGGGCCCAGCUCCUUUCGCAGAAGGAGGCAUUGGAGCGGGAGAGCACUGAGCUCAACACUCACUGGGCGGCGCUUCAAGAGGACCAGGCCACCAAACACGAGGUGCUCGCGGAGAUGCGCGUGGAGCGUCUUUCGAUCUUCGCCACGGUGGAGGAGCUGCAGACGGAGGUGGAAGACGCAACUACUGAGCUCAAAGAGGCUCAGGCGGUGGCCUCGUCGCGCCUGGCCACCCGCCGGCGCUUGCAGGCAGAGCUGCUGGCCUGCUCCGCGGAUUUCGGGGAUGAGGCGGCUGAGCAGCGCCGCGCCAGCGAGGCGCUGCGCCGCAAGCGCGCGCUGCUGCGCUCGGAGGCCGUGGAGCUGGGCCGGGAGCUCCAGUGCUGCGUGAGCCGUGGGGAUGCCUUGGUCUCCGAGAACCUGCAGCUUCGCACAGAGUCCGCGGCAGUGGAGGAGGCGGAGGACGGGCGCUUUCAGUUCCCUCGAUGUAAUGAAAAUGGGCUCCAGUCCAUCCAGGGCUGUGAAAUUGGGAAGAAGGAUGGGAACUGCGGGUAG